AUGUUGCGGGGAUACAAGUACAUUCUUGAGGAUUUUCUGGGUAUUGAAAGAGGUGCCGAUGGUGGUGCUGGAAUUGGAGGAGGUGCAGGUAGUGGUGGUGCUGCUGGAGGCGGCGUUGGAGGUGCUGAUGGAGGAGCUGGAGUUGGAGGAGGUGCAGGUGCAGGUGGUGCCGCUAGAGGUGGCGCUGGAGGAGGUGUAGGUGGUGGUGCUGGGGCUGGAGCUAGUGUUGGAGGAGCAGGUGGUGGUGGUGGAGUUGGAGGCAGUGCAGGUGCUGGUGCUGGUGCUGGUGCUGGUGCUGGAGGUGGCAUUGGAGGAGGUGCAGGGGGUGGAGCUGGUGGAGGAGUAGGUGGUGGUGUAGGUGGUGGGGCUGGUGGAGGUGUAGGAGGAGGAGCCCGAGGAGGCGCUGGCAGAGGUGUUGGAGGUGGGGCCGGUGGCGGAAAAAGGGGUGGAGCAGAUGGUGGCUUUGGGAAAGGUGGAGGUAUAGGAGGUGGUGCAGGUGGUGGUUUUGGGGCUGGAGGAGGUUUUGGUGGAGGGCAUGGGGGAUUUGGUAAGGGUGGAGGAGUUGGCGCGGGCGGUGGAUUCGGAGGCCGGACUAGUCCUAGAAUUGGACGUCGCAAAUUGUGA